GAGGGCAGCGCUCUCGUUCGGGAGAUAGGGAAUGCCCGUUAGUUGCGUCUGCCAAUAAUAGCCCAUCAGCCAGAGCGCCGGCAUCGGGAGAGCAGGAGAGCGCAGGCAGUGCGGAGGACCGAGCCGCCGAGCACAGGAAUGGUACACUAGGAGGAGGAGGAGGAGGAGGCAGGCGCACUCAGAGAGAGCCAGGGCAUCGGAGGAGAGAGGAGCAGAGCGGCGAAGACAAAAAGUUACCGGGUCAGCAAGAUAACGCGGAGAAGCGGUGCAACUGGGACUCACCGCUCUCUUUUCCCGGCGGCAAUAAGCAGCAGAGGAGGAGAGUGAUUAUUACAAAGAGGGGACGGAGGGAGUGCUGUAACUUCUUCCCAGGAAAGACGGUCCUGUCACAAUUCCCCCCGCAGGUCUCCUCUGCAGAGACGCAUGACUAUCCCAGCAAGACAGCUGCAGCGCAGGAGACACUUGGGUCUGGCAAAAGGUGCCUGAAAUGUGCCGUUGUACUCACUUCUCUGCUGAAGCGUUUCCCACCCAGCUGAAGUGGAAGUAGUUGUUCUUCUGGAAGGCUUUUAUCUUUUAUGUUGCUUCAGAGUUUGUAGCAGUGGUGACUUGGUGGCUUAUUUGUCCAGUCCUUUCAUCCCUGAGACUAUGGUAGCCGGUGCGUCGGGGAGCCCUUCAUCAGCAGCUACAGCCCUAGAGCAUGGAGAAGUCCAGCAGUGAGGAGUCAGCCAUUCACCGCAGCCCCUCGGUAGACAGCCCGGACUCCGACUUUGCCCAAGCCUCCACGUCUGGCCACCCGUUUGGCGGCCGCGGCUUCACUGCCGGCGCGUUCUACGGCUCCACGGGCCCGCGCAAGGACGCGCAGCAGGGCCAGGCUGGAGUGGCCGCUGACGCCGGCGCCGGAGACAAGACCAACAAGUACAGCUCUCCCAAAGGCAGCAAAUACGUAGUCUUUUACCUGGAUCUAUCCUUUGUGUUCCUUUUAGAAUUCAAGAAGUGCAACAUGGCAAGGGGCUGCCUCUGCUGCUUGAAGUAUAUGAUGUUCAUCUUCAAUCUCAUCUUCUGGUUAUGCGGCUGCGGGCUGCUCGGCGUGGGCAUCUGGCUUUCUGUGUCGCAGGGCAGUUUCGCCACCUUCUCGCCCUCGUUCCCCUCGCUGUCGGCCGCCAACAUGGUCAUCGCCAUCGGCGCUAUCGUCAUGGUAACGGGCUUCCUCGGUUGCCUCGGGGCCAUCAAGGAGAACAAGUGCCUGCUUCUGAGCUUCUUCAUUGUCCUGCUGAUAAUUCUCCUGGCAGAGCUGAUAUUGCUCAUCCUGUUCUUUGUGUACUCAGAUAAGGUGAGCGAGAACGCCAAGCAGGAUCUGAAGGACGGGCUGGCUCUCUACAACUCCGACAACAACAUAGGCUUACGAAAUGCCUGGAACAUCAUCCAGGCCGAGUGGAAGUGCUGCGGUGUGAUCGCGUACAGCGACUGGCACGAGGCCCUGCAGGAGAAGAUGGUACCAGACCGCUGCUGCCAGGAGCAUUACCAGGACUGCGGGAAAAACUCAACAAAUAUGUUCUGGAACAGGGGCUGCUUUGAGAAAGUGGAGGAGUGGCUGGAUGACAACAAGCACCUGCUGGGAACCAUAGGCAUGGUCAUCUUGGUAGUGCAGCUGCUGGGCAUGGCGUUCUCCAUGACGCUGUUCCACCACAUCCACAGAACAGGGAAGAAGUACGAUGCUUAGACUCGGAGGGAGGCUUCCAAUGGAGAGGAGCCCCGCUGCCCGAUGGGAUAAGACUUUACAACCUUCUAUGCGCCCCCACCCCCACCACCACCCACUUAUCCCAAACCUUCUGUACAGAUUCCAGCUGUCUCCGCUCCAUUCUGCUAUCUCCUCUCACAACAUUCAUUUUGCCAAAGAGUAACACAACUGGAAGAGAAGGGACAGCUACUUUUGGCAAGGAAGUGAAUCCCGUUCGGGUUUUCACUCCCUUAUUUUUUCUUGCUUGGACUAACAAUUUUGCUGGAAGGAAGGACAGACUUUGAGACAAUGAAGACUUUACUAAUGGCCGCACACCUUCUCCGAGGGCAAAGAGAACAUAGACAGCUGAUAAUUACCCUCCAACAUUUGUGGAGCUUCUUUUUUCGUCAUGUGUAUUAAAGUCAAGGCCCCUUGUCACUUGUAAAUGAGAAAAGUUUCAACAUUGAAUGGAAGUUUUCUACUUUACUGGUUUAUCUUUGUUGUUGAAAUGUCGAACGUCUUCAUUUUUCCUUUUUUGUAUGUCGUCAGUACUGCAAAGUGUUGAACUGAUCGGUGCAAUGAUGGAUUUGCCGUUAUGCAGCUGUUGAGGGACACAGACACGUGGGGAUGAUAUUUAGUGUAAUACAUAAUUAUUAUUUUUAUGCCGAUUAUAUAUUUUGGUAAAUCGAGCUUCAUAGAGGAACGUCAUGUAGGUGUGAGAAAUAAUCAGUGAACAUUUUUUAAACAAAAAUAUUCUUCUCCGAACAAUAAAUGGUCAUGCAAAAGUCUACUGGUGAACACGCGCGCACACACACACUCCACCGGGACGGUCAAGUGAAGAGAGAUGGGUGAUUCAGUUCCAGUGUUUGUGUGUUGAUGGGUUUUACCAUGUCGUCCAAGCUGCAGAGGAAACAACAACAUGGUGCAAAACGAGGGCACGAGGGGUAAAAAGCAGAGCGGCCAUGUUGUGUCUCGGCUACAUUCUUUUCAGCGCAGGUGGCACAAAUUCUCUCUGUCCCUUUCCACAGAAGGAAAUAUGGGCUUUAUGCUUCGUUUGUACCCACAAUAGCUGACAUUCCAACUCAUCACACAGUUAGUCUGGUUUGCGACUUCAAAGAUUUCGGGUAAGCUUCCCUUUCUUGCAGCCGCGGCGGAGGAGGAGGAUCAAAGCUGAGACCGAUAGGUACGGCAGCAAACCUUACAGGACAGGAUUGUUUGUCUAUUUAGUGCUGAUUCGCUAAAAGAGUGUACGCUGAGAAUACUUUAUCUAUCUGGUAUGGCGACUUAAAGAAAAAAGCCCUCCAAUGCUUCUCCUCUGAGCUUCAAAAUAUCUGUGACGGUGUUAGUAGCGGUGGUGUAAAAGUCCAGCUUAUUCUUAAAAGAAUUAGUCCAGUUGGAGCCGUAAUUUCAACAAUGAGGCCAGAAACAGUAAAACGCUUAAAACAGGAAGUAAAUUCAGUAAAAUCAUGUUGAAUAUUUACAACAGUUAGUUUAACUCACUAAUUUCCUGUUCACCUUUAUUUCCUCUCAAAAUAAUUUUCGCUAACCGUUGGCCUAAAAUUCUAUUCGAUCAUUUGUAUGCUCCCGUUUCUAUAAUUUGACAAUGAGACGGAAUAAACGCCCUUUUCAAAGAAGA